AUGUAUGUCCCCCUACCUAGCUAUAAUUAUCCUUUUCACUUUUUCUUUCGUUUGUCGAUUACCCGUUACCCGUUUGUUACUUUGUUGUCCCUUAUCUCUCCCCACUCAGAGGCCGGUGAUAACGCUCCCUCAGCCGGCCACCAACUUCUAGUAGUACUACUAGUGAGACUGGUUUCAUUUGUGACCUAUCUGACCAUUCUGGUGCCACAGCAGAUACACACAGAGCAGGAAAGGAAAAAAGCUUAUCGUUGUUACUGUCAUUACAAAGAAUUUAGCGUUCGCCCGCUACAUAUUUGCCUCAUUGCCAGGGUUUCCUCAAAAAUAAGAAACCACUCAGGCGUGUAUUCCCUUGCCGUUUCGCUCAAAUCAUUCGGCACAUGCCAUUUCGGCUGA